UUCUACCUGCCAACGGCGAGGCGCAACUUUGUACAUAUCCUACAACGUCUUCACACCGCACUUUGGACUUCCUGGACAACGCAUCCAACGAUCCGGCGCAAGAGAGCUCAACUUCCGCUCGUCAGCCUUGUUUCUUCGCUGCAGGUCAAGCUCACUUCCUUGAACGCAGCGCACGAUUCGAUCAUCGGCGCAAGUCUUCGACCUUCCUUAACCGCAAAAUCUUACUCGGUCGAUUGCUGCCUUUCAACGAACAACGACAACGACGAUAACAAUACCGAUCGAUCAACCCUCACUCAUUACAUCCACCCAACACAACCACCACAAUGGGCGUCUCCGGCUUCCUCUUCAUCUCAUGGCGGCUCUUCGAGCUCGUCACUCUCAUACCAAUCGUCGGCAUGCUGGCCUACUUCGUCCACGGCUUCGUCGAGCGCAACCAACUCACGCCAAACUUCAUUCUGGUGCUCUUCAUCGUCUCAGUAUUAGCCCUAGCCUGGGUCUUCUUCACACUGAUCAGCUACCUGCGCGCGCGCCACGAUGCGCUCUUCGUUGCGUUCGUCGAUCUGUGCUUCGUCGCGGCGCUGAUCGCCGGUGUGGUGGUGAUGCGACGGAUUGCGAACGCUGAUUGCGCCAACUUCGAGACUGGAAGCAUCUUCGUCAAUCUGGGACCGUUUGGGUACUAUGGAAGGCAAGGAGGAGACCGGUGGGCGUUGAACUUGAACAAGAACUGCGCGAUGCUCAAGGCGAGCUGGGCGUUGGCGAUUAUCAAUAUUCUCGCUUUCUGCGUUACUUUCGUUCUGGCUCUCCUCGUUCACCGCAAUCACCGCAACGAAGACAAAGUCGUCGUCAAGCGCGAGUAUCACACCUCUCGCCACAGCCAUCGUCGCUCUGCUAGCCGCGAUCACCGCAGCAGUCGUGAUGGAGGACGAAGAAGCACGCAUCGCUCAAGCAGCAGGAGGCAGUAUUACAGCUCUCUCCAGCACCGCCACGUCAACUCUUCGAUAUCGCAUGUGGCUCUAUCCUUGAGAAGUCGCUCAUCCGGUCUGUUCUCUCCAGGCUCCUCCACGUCAAAUUCGCUGCGCUGCAUGGACUUCCCUGACUUUGUCCACGACUGGUGA